ACUCGCAAUCGUUGGCUAAGCUGGCCACAAUGAGCGCCCGCUCGGAGGAAGGAAGCGAGGCCUUCCAGGAAACACUAGUGGAUUGGGAGCUGAGCCGACUGCAGCGACAGUACAAAGUGAUGGAGGUGGAAAGGCGGGCCUACAGCAAGGAAGUCCACCAGCGCAUCAAUAAGCAACUGGAGGAGAUCCAGCGCCUGCAAGGCCUGCAGAACAAGCUUCAGGUGAAGAUCGGCAUUGCCCAGAGCCAGGGCAAGCGUCUGCGGGACAACGAGAGGAUGGAGAACAUGAGCCACCUGCUGAAGUGCCGGGCGCAGGUGGAGGCCGAGGUGAAGGAGCUGCAGGAGCAGACCAGAGCCCUGGACAGGCAGAUCCAGGAGUGGGAGGCCCGGCUCUCUGCCUGCGGGAAGGAUCCCAGGGCCCCAGGGGUCAUCAUGGACCAGAAGGCCAAGACCCGGAAAAGGAUCAAGAUCGUGGAAAGCCAGCUGGACAGGGUCACCUGUCACUUCGACAUCCACCUGGUUCGGAACGCAGCCCUGCGGGAGGAGCUGGAUCUGCUGCUGGUGCAGAGGAACCACUAUCUGAACAUAGACCGCAAGCUGCACAAGGAGAUGCAGCUCCUGCGGCGCACGAUCAACGGGCUCACCGUGUCCUCCAUCUCCGCCUACUCCGUCAGCGAGGAGGCGAAAACCAAGAUGAGUUUGCUGCGGGAGCGGGCCGACAAGGAGGGCGCCCAGAACGAGACGGACGUGCAGAUCUUGCAGCGGCAGAUAGCGCACCUGGACCAUCUGCACCGCUUCCUCCAGUUCAAGAACCACGACCGGCAGCCGGAUCCCGUCGUCCUGGAGAAGCGCGAGAAACGCGCCCGGGAGGUGGCCGAGGGCCUCCGGAAGACCUCGCAGGAGAAGCUGGUGUUGCGGUACGAGGACACUCUGAAUAAACUGGCCCAGCUGACCGGGGAGAGCGACCCGGAGCUGCUGGUGAAGAAGUACUUGGAUACGGAGGAGCGCAACUUCGCGGAGUUCAACUUCAUCAACGAGCAGAACUCGGAGCUGGAGCGUCUGCGGGAGGAGAUCACGGAGAUGAACGAGGCCAUGAAGAAGGCGCGCUAUGGCGACGCGGCCCGCCUGUCGCUGAAGGAGGAGCAGGAGGCUUCGGUGCAGCAGCAGAUAGGAGAGGUGCGCAACGAGGCCGACAGCCUGGAGGCCCGCGCCCAGACGCUGAGGGAGCAGGUGGAGAAGUUCAAGGCAGCCAUCCAGCAGCUCUUCACCAGGGCCCAGUGCGACAGCACCAUCAUCAAGGACCUCCUGGGGGUCAAGACCUACAUGCGGGACCGCGACAUUAGCCUCUUCCUGGGCCUCAUCGAGAAGCGGCUGGUGGAGCUGCUGACGGUGCAGGCCUACCUGGACGCCCAGAGCUACACCACGUCCAGCUUGUCGAUCGCCGCCCUCACGGUGCUGGGCAAGAACCCCGAAGACCUUCCCAAGAAGGUGGCCCCGCCCCAGCUCCCUGACAACCUGGAAGAGCCCCCAGGCUUCGAGGCCAAAGAAGACUAUCCCCUGAGCAAGGAGGAGCUGCUGAGCUACGUGAUGAAGUCGAUGGAGGCCCGGGAGCUGGCGAGGGAGCAGCACAUGAAGGAGCUGAUGGAGAUGGCGAAGAAGAUGGACAGCGGCCAGCCCCUGAACCUCUCCCCGAGCCAGCGGCCCAGCUCGGGCACACCCCUGGCCAUCUCCCGGAGCCCGAGUGUCGGGCCGGGGUCCGUCCUGAGCCACAGGACGAACGGCAUCCUGGUGUCCAGCCGCGCCACCAGCGCCAACGUGGGCCACGUCACCUUCGGCGACCCCAGCGCCAUGGGCUCCGCCAGCGGCAGCCAGUUCUCCACGGGCGGCCGCGUGGCCUUCAAGCCGGUCAGCUCCAGCAGCUACCUGGGCUCCACCGGGUACCUGGAGUCCAGCGGCGGCUCCGAGAGCUUCGGCGGCCUGCCGAGCAAAGGCACCGAGUCCGAAUCCAGCCCUGGCCCUGCCUCCAGCACUGGCCCAGGCUCCAUGGAGAGCAAAGAGUCCUGAAGCCACAGCUGGGCGCCUACCCGCCCUCCCUGCGCUCUGCAGGCCAUCCCCCCUCGAGUGCUUCUGCCCCCGUAUAGCCCCCCAUUGUCCCUGUGGCUCCAUCUUCUCCCGGCCCCAGCCUCUGCCCCCACAGCGUCCCCACUUCCCCUUCCUGUGUCCCUGUGUCCCUUCCCAUCGGCUCUUCCUCAUCUCCUCUGUCUCCUGGCCUCUCUCUGUUCCCCGCCCUCUUUCCCUUUCGGUCACCCAGUCUCCUGUUGUCAAAAGUUUCCCACUCACUGUGUGUCUGUCUUGCCUUGCAUCUGUCUCCCCGUCUCUGCCGACUUCCCUGGUUCUCCUCCCACCUCCCGUUUCUGCUUCCCCAUUUCUAGUUCCUUCUCCUCGUCUCCCUCCCCCUGGCCCUCCUGGCCGAGGUCCCUGUCUCAGUGGCUCCUCAUUCCUCGUCCUCCCCAUGAGCCCCCAGUACUGACCCCGAGGAAAGAAUUGGAGCAGAAAGUUCAGGGUCAGCGUGAGCUGUGACCACAAGAAAUAAAGGGCAGAGCCCAACUGUACCCCAGCCUGGCGACAAGUGUCUGUGCGAGAGAAGGAUCUGUAGACAUGGCUGUUUCUUGAGCUCCAGCCCAGGGGAAAAUUUAUGGCCCUAUUCACUCAUUCAUUCACUCACUCACACACUCAUUCAUUCAUUCAUUUUGUUGAGGCCUCCACAUUUCAGGCUCUCCUGAGAACUGGGCACUGUAUCAGUCAGGACAGGCUGUUAUGCUGCAGUAACAAACAAGCCCAGGAUCUCCGUGGCUUAAUGCAACAAAGGUUUACUACUGGCCAGUGCUGGUGGCCUAUUGGGGGUCACUCAGGGCUCUGCUCCAUCCAUCCCGGUGUCCCAAUCGCUGUCGCUGGGAGAGAUAACGGCAAAGCUGCCAUGACUUCUCAGUCUCUGGCCUGGAUACGACACAUAUCACUUCCACAAACAUUUAUUGACCCCCAGCAGGUCAUGUGACCACACGACUUCAAAGGGUGGUGGGAAGUGCAGUCUGGAAGGAGAGGGAAAUGGAUAUUUGUGGAGGCCCUGUGCCUGCCCCUGGGUCACAGAGAUAAAGUAGAUUGUGUCCCUUGCCUGCUGGGGCGGGUUUGGGAGUGAGACCGAUUCAAACAUCACAGAUAACUGUUUCCUGCCAUUUUCCUGUUUUAUGUCCUGUCAAACAUUUUUUUAAAAAAUAGUUUUGAUUUUUAGAGAGAGAGGAAGGGAGAGAGAGAAACAUCGAUGUGGUAGAGAAA